CCCGGCCAUGGCUGUCCGCGCCAGCUUCGAGAACAACAACGAGUUGGGCUGCUUCGCCAAGCUCACGAACGCCUACUGCCUUGUGGCCAUCGGCGGCUCCGAGAACUUCUACAGCGUCUUCGAGGGGGAGCUCUUCGGGACCAUUCCGGUGGUGCACGCCUCCAUCGCCGGCUGCCGCAUCAUCGGCAGAAUGUGUGUGGGAAACAGACAUGGACUGUUGGUCCCAAGCAGUACAACAGACCAAGAGCUUCAACAUAUCCGCAAUAGUCUUCCAGAUUCUGUACGAAUUCAACGAGUAGAAGAGCGUCUCUCAGCACUGGGCAAUGUCACUACCUGCAAUGACUAUGUAGCUCUUGUUCAUCCAGAUCUUGACAGGGAGACGGAAGAGAUCUUGGCAGAUGUACUGAAGGUUGAGGUUUUCAGACAAACAGUAGCAGAUCAGGUGCUGGUAGGAAGCUACUGUGUUUUUAGUAACCAAGGAGGAAUUGUGCACCCCAAAACUUCAAUUGAUGAUCAGGAUGAACUGUCUUCGUUGCUGCAGGUCCCACUCGUGGCUGGAACGGUGAAUCGUGGCAGUGAGGUCAUUGCAGCAGGAAUGGUUGUAAAUGACUGGUGUGCCUUCUGUGGACUGGAUACAACCAGCACUGAGCUCUCCGUCAUCGAGAGUAUCUUCAGGCUGAAUGAAGCUCAGCCAAGUACCAUUGCUACCAACAUGAGAGAUUCCUUGAUUGACAGCUUGACAUGAGCAGUGAUGGUUCCUACUUUCCAGAAAGUUCCUACGGAGUGAAGUGUCAAGCUGCACUUCGGAUUACAGACAUCUAGACCUUCUGAUUUUGUUUCUGCAGGCCUAGCCCAAGGAAGAGGCUACAAACCCAACUUUUUGUAGUGUUUCGUAAACUAAAUAUUAUUAUAAAAACUGACAAAUAACACACAUAAGUUACAAAUAAGGAAUGCUCUCUAUGCCUUUGCUGACAUUUUCCAGUUCUUCAGCUGUGCUUUCUCGUUUUGUGAUGCUGACUGAGCCCCUCAAAUUAGCACACAAUAUUUACUCUUGUGGCACUUGGAUAUUGAUCACUAGAGAUUAUUUUGCCUUAAAUAAUGCAUCAGUGUUCUGCUGCACAGCGGUCUGUUUCAGCACAUACAUGGCACUGCCCUCUCUUUCCAUACUCUUGCUAGAGUGGUGUUUCUGCUGUAGAUAGACUUGUCCCUUGUAUGUUCAAUACCAAAAAUACAGUAGUUUACUUGCCACAAAAUAAUUCAGAAGUCAUCACCUGCUCUCUUGCCCUGACUUGCAGCUAAUCCCACAGGGCUGGUGAUUCUGAAGUGAUCAGCUCUGAUUAAAACUGGAGUAUCUCAAAUUCAGUCCAGGGGCUUCUAACAGCAACAGUGUGUGACUGCCUCUGGAACAGUGGUAUUUGAUCUGUUGUCUGCAGAUGCCUGGUGGCAUGUGUGCUGCUUCUGAGGCAUCUUCUAGAGAUAGCCUAGAAAAGCAUGCUAUUGCCAGUGGGCUUAAAUUUGUUCUACAGGCGUUAGCCACCUAUGCUGGGAAACUCUUAGAAGUCAGCAAAUCAAAAAAGAUUUAAACCACCUUGUCUUGAGUAGUCUUGGAGACAAAGGUUAAGUAACACAGUUCUAACCAGUUACCCCAGUCAGAUGUUACAGGUUUGGGAGCUUGCUAAUUAACAGCUCUGCCCUUGUCAGGGAGUGAUGAUGACAAAAAGGAGCUGUAGAUACUGCUUUCAGGUAGAAGAUAGUCAUUUGCUUCUAAACGGAGCUGUUGCUCACUGAUCUCUCAUUUCAGUUGCUUUUCUUUUGCUUGCCUGUUAAAGGUUUACUGAAGGCAUAGAAAUGCCUCCACUUCUCAUCCUAAGGGUAUGUGGAAGCUCCUUGCUUGCUUCUACACCACUGCAUCACUCUCAGCUGGGUUCUCUUGAGGAGUGCUGUGCUGAAGGCAGUUUGGGCAGAGCUCUUUUCUUUGCCCUUGGCAACUUCUAUUUUUGUUUCACUGUCUGGAUGUUUAGGGAAGGUUUUAUAAGUUUUGGCUGAUUAAAGGUUGCACCUUAAACUUUAUUUAAAUGAAGAUUGCCAAAGGAUCUUCUCUGAUCAUAAGAGUCCUGCCAUCUGGUCUGUCUAGAAUAGUAACUGAGCCAGGGGCUGCCAUUUCCACACAGCUCAUCUUCUGCCAUUAGGGAAGCCUGUAAGAAGCUCAUGGCUCCUUGCUGGUAUGGCUAACAAUUUUUGGUGUUUAUGGCCCUUUCGAUUCAGUGGACUACCUUUCUUGCAACUGACUCCAGGUCUCCUCCUCUUAGCAUAUCUCAGUAUUUAGAGUGAGAAGCUGCUUUCCUUUGGCCACCUCACAGGGUUCUGUUCUUAGGUAUAAAUGGCAGAGUCUGACUAUUGCUAUCGGUGUUAGCAUGUAUUUGUCAAGUGUGAAAUGAGUAAGGCUGAACUUUUCCUCUGCAACUUCUGUAACUUGUUUUUUUUUCAUUCCGGUUGGUAGGCAGGAAUCCUGGUUUAUAUUGGUGAUCUUGAUGUGUCUUACGUGUUAAAAAUUACUUAGAGGUAAACAAGAAAAAUAAUCCAGUCUCUGUGUAGUCCAAAUCCUUAAAUAGGAAAGAUACUGUUAGAGUGUUGGGGGUUGUGAUAUGCCAAAGAGGAUGAGAAACAGACAGCAAAAUAGGGUAUUGCUAACUGUGGUUGUGAGCCUUACAAAAAGUUGCAUUGAAGCUUGGGAACUGGAGCGUGGCAAAUGUGAUACCUGUUCUCAGCAAGGGUUUGUGGGAAUUCUGAACUAGUAAGCUGGACCUAUGUACAAGGAAAACAGAAACUAUAAUAAAGAAUGGAAUUAGUAGAAACAUGGAUACAUGA